AUGCACAACGGCCAGAUCUCGCAGUUUUCCAAAAUCAAGCGGCGCCUGUUGGCCGCGCUGCCCGAGCCCUUGUUCCUCUGGCCGCAAGGGCACACGGACUCUGAGUUCACCUUUGCGCUCUUUUUGAGUCAUCUGAAGAACCCAUCGAGUAUGGAAGAGUUCAGCUACAAAGAGCUGAAGGAUGCGGUCCUGAUGACCAUUCGCGACAUUAACCAAUGGUCGAAAGAGGCCGGCAUUGAAGAGUACUUUUCCACGGGCACCUCCUUUUAUGAGCAUUCGGAAGGCGCCUACCGUAUGGUCAAGGCGGACCGUCGUCAAAAGAUUGUUGUGGUCGCGAGUGAGCCGCUGACGUUUGAAAAAGCCGACUGGAUGGAGAUCGAGUCGAAUACGAUUUUGUGCAUUACCCCCAACAUGAAUGUGCUCCAAUACCCCAUUGUGGACGAGUACCACAAUCCUCAAUCGCACCCUCACGUCCGCGACCCCAACUUUGCUAUGCGUGCAGGGUUCCAUUCCAAUGCCCAAAUCCCUCCCGAGAUCCGCGAAGACAUCCCCACCGAGUCACCCUACCUGGGUGCGGCGCAAGACAUGCCGCUGGAGACUUGCGCACGCACCGUAGCCAUUUAA